AAAAAGGUAUCAACAAAAGCUUCAUCUCAAGAAUUAGCAUCGUCUGAAGAAUUAACAUCAUCAGCAUCAUCCAAAGAAUUAGCAUUAUCUGAAGAAUCAACCUUGUACAAAGAAUUAACCUUGCAUGAAAAAUUAGUCUUGCAUGAAAAAUUAGAAGCAUCUUACAAAUCAAUAUUAACAUCACAAUUACCAUUUUCAAAUAAAUUUAAUAUACCUUUUAAAGAUUCUACAUGA